CUUCAGGAACAGCUUAAGCGUCACAAUCUUCCCUACAUCGAAAGUAUGUUCACGGUGAAUGCCCGUAGUACGGGUGGUAAGCUAACAGUGGAAGUGGGCGUGUCGGAAGUGCCAGACUGUAGUUUGGUGAAUGAAAUGGCGAAGGAAGCAAAGAGAUCAAAUCGCCUAUUAAGAGCCGCAUCUGUGAAGUGUAGAGGCGGCCUUACUGUAUACAAUUAGAGUUAAAGAAUUGUUGAUUGCAAUGUUCAAGAAAUCAUAAAGGUGUACGUAAACUAACAAUCACACAGAAAAAUCAGGUUAGAUUAGUG